AUGAACCAGGGAAAUUCUUUCGCCAUCUUGAUGACAUGUAUCAGCGAACAACUCCUGCGAUUCGAACACCAGCUGAUGUACAGUAUUGUUGAAAGCUGUAAUCAGAGUAAGACAAAGUACUGUGACAGAAUUCUACCUGUUCAGCUUCGCAUCGGUCGCGUCGGUGGCAUCAUGCGAAAAACUGCCGAGCAGUGUUAUGCCGAUGUCGUAUUCGCAGAAAAAUGGACGAAAAUUCAUCAUGUCGUCAAUCGUGUAUCGAAGAUAGCAGCAGCUUAUGUACCCCUACGCUUUAAAAAGUGUCAUGCAGAUGUGGGUCAACUUGAGGCUUUUGACAGGGCUCACUGUAGAUGGGAAGACGAUCGAAUUCCUGAAUGGACUCUGUAA